AUCGGUCAGAACCAGAAGGAGAACCUCCGGAAGCUCUACAAAGACAAGAAGCAUAAGCCCAUUGAUCUGCGACCGAAGCUGACCCGCGCUAUCCGUCGGCGACUCACACGACACGAGUCGUCGCUGAAGACUAGGAAACAGUUGAGACGCGAAAGGAUUUGGCCGCAGAGGAAGUUUGCGCUCAAACACUGA